CCGGAGACCCGGGAGCGUGUCUAUUUUGCUUGCAAGCUAAUACCGGGAACAGAAGGGAAACAAAAAACUGUUAUUUGGGGUGUAUAGAGAAACAUUGGAACCAAAACGUAAAUAUUUUACUCUUCGUCAUGGACGCGGAGGGCUUCCAAGAGCUUUUGCAGCAGGCAGAACAGCUUGCAGCGGAAACAGAGGCAGUGUCCGAGUUGCCUCACGUCGAGAGAAAUCUCCAGGAGAUCCAGCAGGCUGGAGAAAGGCUGCGGGCCCGUACACUCACACGAACAUCACAGGAUACUGCCGACGUCAAAGCGUCUAUUCUGUUGGGCUCCAGGGGUCUUGACAUCUUCCAUAUCUCCCAGCGUCUGGAGAGCCUCAGUGCAGCAACCACCUUUGAGCCCCUCGAGCCAGUGAAGGACACGGACAUCCAGGGCUUCCUGAAGAACGAGAGGGACAAUGCCCUGCUCUCCGCCAUCGAAGAGUCCCGCCGCAGGACGUUCCUGCUUGCGGAGGAGUACCAUCGGGAGUCUAUGCUGGUGCAGUGGGAGCAGGUGAAGCAGAGAGUUCUACACACCCUGCUGGGGGCUGAGGAGGAUGCGCUGGACUUCAGCCAGGAUGUGGAGCCCAGCUUCGUCAGCGAUGGGGGGGCUCCCGGACGCAGUGCACUGGAUAGUGUGGAAGUGGCCUAUGCCAGACAGAUCUACGCCUUUAAUGAGAAGAUCAUCAGCGCCCACGUGCAGCCCAACCUGGGGGACCUCUGCGCCUCUGUGGCCGACAGCCUGGAUGACAAGAACAUGUCGGACAUGUGGCUGAUGGUGAAGCAGAUGACCGACGUGCUCCUGGUCCCGGCCAAGGACACUCUGAAGAGCCGCACAGCAGUGGACAUGCAGAUGGCCUUCGUCCGCCAGGCGUUACAGUUCCUGGAGAACAGCUAUAAGAACUACACCAUGGUGACGGUGUUUGGGAACCUGCACCAGGCCCAGCUGGGGGGCGUGCCCGGCACCUAUCAGCUUGUACGCAGCUUCCUCAACAUCAAACUACCAGGGCCUAUGCCAGGCAUGCAGGACGGUGAAGUGGAGGGCCACCCAGUGUGGGCUCUGAUCUACUACUGCCUGCGGUGCGGUGACCUGAAUGCAGCCAUGCAGGUGGUGAACCGAGCCCAGCAUCAGAUAGGGGACUUCAAGACCUGGUUCCAGGAGUACAUGAGCAGCCCAGACCGCCGUCUGGCUCCAGCCACCGAGAACAAGCUGCGGCUGCAUUACCGGCGGGUGCUGCGGAACAGUGCCGACCCCUACAAGCGCGCCGUCUACUGCCUCAUCGGCAAGUGCGACAUCGCCGACAACCACGGAGAGGUGGCCGACAAGACGGAAGACUACCUGUGGCUCAAGCUGAACCAGGUGUGUUUCGAUGACGACGGUAGCAGCUCCCCGCAGGACCGCCUGACCCUGGCCCAGCUUCAGAAGCAGCUUCUAGAAGACUAUGGCGAGUCCCACUUCUCGGCGAGCCAGCAGCCGUUCCUUUACUUCCAGGUGCUGUUCCUGACGGCCCAGUUCGAGGCGGCCGUGGCCUUCCUGUUCCGGGUGGAGAGGCUGCGGAGUCACGCCGUGCACGUGGCCCUGGUGCUGUACGAGCUCAGGCUCCUGCUCAAGUCAUCCGGGCAGAGCGCCCAGCUGUUGAGCCAGGAGCCUGGAGACCCUCACAUGGUGCGGCGGCUCAACUUCAUCAGACUGCUGAUGCUCUACACGCGCAAGUUUGAGUCCACUGACCCCAGAGAGGCACUGCAGUACUUCUACUUCUUAAGGAACGAGAAGGACAGCCAAGGAGAGAACAUGUUCAUGCGCUGCGUCAGUGAACUGGUCAUCGAGAGUCGAGAGUUCGACAUGCUCCUGGGAAGACUGGAAAAAGAUGGCAGCCGAAAGCCGGGGGUGAUUGACAAGUUUGCCGGAGACACGCGUGCCAUCAUCACCAAGGUGGCCUCGGAGGCCGAGAACAAGGGCCUGUUUGAAGAAGCCGUCAAGCUCCACGAGCUGGCAAAGAAUCCAGACAAGGUUCUGGAGCUGAUUAACAGGCUCCUGAGUCCCGUCGUGGCCCAGAUCAGCGCCCCCCAGUCCAAUAAGGAGCGUCUGAGGAACAUGGCUGUGGCCAUCGCAGAACGGUAUCGGACCAGUGGUGUGGCCGGGGAGAAGUCUGUGGACAGCACCUUCUACCUCCUGUUGGACCUCAUCACCUUUUUUGACGAGUACCACGCCGGCCAUAUUGACCAGGCCUACGACAUCAUCGAGAGGUUGAAGCUGGUUCCCCUCAGCCAAGACAGCGUGGAGGAGAGGAUAGCAGCAUUCCGCAACUUCAGCGAUGAGGUGCGGCACAAUUUGUCAGAAGUCCUUCUGGCCACCAUGAACAUCCUGUACACGCAGUACAAACGUUUAAAGGGGGCAACAGCGGGCACCCCUGGACGGCCACAGCGCCCCCUGGAGGACAGAGACUCGCAACUGCGCAGUCAGGCCAGGGCCCUCAUCACGUUCGCCGGUAUGAUCCCGUACCGCAUGGCGGGAGACACUAACGCCCGACUGGUCCAGAUGGAGGUUCUGAUGAACUGAGCCCAUCCCACUCCAGAACACACACACACACACACACAUACACACACACUGCAGCAAUUCAGUUACUACGCUUUUUCCCGAGUUUUCCACCAUCACCCCCCCCACACAUCCAUCAUGUUGACUGUUGCCCCCCGCCCCCCCAGCCUGUCCUUCUGGUUGAGUUUGUUCAUAUUCCCUCUGCUACCCCACCCCAUUGUUUUUGUUUGUUUGUGUGUAUUUUUCAUAAUUUGAAUAAAUAAAGAAUAACUUUCAGUUUGGUUCUGGUUCUGUUCGUUUUCAUCAUAAAUCCAUUUUAUGGAUACAUUUUCCCCUUUUCAUUCUGUCAGUUUUUCGUUUUUCACUUCAUACAAAGGCAGCCCGCUUAGUGAAAAUGCAUAUUUCCAGGCUGGAGAGACUAUGCCUCUCCCACUGUAGCAGAAAAUGGACAUGUUUUUCCGUCAGUUAUGUUUCUAAGUCAUUGGUUAUUUAUUCCCCCUUUGUCUCAGCCAUAGCCCCAAAUGGCCGAGGUGAAGCGAGUUCAAUGCUCUUUCUAAAGCUGUUCUCUGUGAUGUUUGCGUUUCUAGCUAACUCCCUUCUGACUUGCCACCAUGGGAGUCCGCUCUGACCCUGUAGAGAUGCUGGUGGCUCGUACAUUUGGAUUGAGGGAUCGAUGUUGGUGACUUACAGGCACCAGGUCGAGAUUUGAGAGAGCCUCUAAAUUUGGAAUGGCAAUCCGAAUGCAAUAGAGAUUGUAAAUUCUAAUCUGGCUGAAGUGUUUCCAAAAGGUCUUGUUCUGCAUGUCAUACUAUGCAGUCCAUUGCCUAUUUGUAACCUUGUUUUGCUUGCCCCUCAUCUCUACUUUAGAGUCCCAGGCGAUAUCUGGCAUUGCACAAGCAAUCUAAAUCCCAUUGCCAUUGCUGGAUUUUUGUCACUCUAUUUCACCAUUAAUGGAACUUGCAAAACUUAAUGGACCAUUUAAAAGCAGUGAAAUAUAUGUCUACAGUUAAAUUGCCAGCAGUCAACAAAAGUGUAUUCUAAUUUCCCCUCAGCCUGAGCUUAAUGAAGUUCUCUAGACGAAACUGCAGUAGGGAAGUGUCUCAGUGUGACUGAGAUCCCCCCGGCAGAUGGUGCGAUCGGGGGGGAAGAUGCCCGCGGAGCCCACAGAUGGAGGCGUUGGCUCUGCCACUUUGCCUUGCUGCAACGGCGUCCUCGCCCCCCCCGCCGCACCCUCUCCUAAAUGUAACCUCACUAAGCCCGGCUGGUUUUGCAUUUCUGACAGAAAGCAGCUGGUAUUAAUGGAUAGGUAUCACCACUGAGGUGCUCCUCACCCACCCUGCCCUAACACCAUCUCCAGUCUGAGGAUGGAGUCUCUAGUGUGUCUGCAUGUCUGUUUUUUUUUCUGUCUCUACUCCUGCAUUGGGGACCGAGGUCUUGCGAGCCUGUGUGAAGAAAUCCUGGACCUGGAGUGCUCUUGCUGUGGUACGACGGACGUGAGCGUGUGUGAGGCCGAGCGAGCCAGGUGUGUGUGCCGCAGCUGGUGUUGUGAAUCAGGCCGAUGCCACACAUCCGCUAUAACCCGGCUAUUUCACAACACCAGGGUGGCACCGCUCCGCUGUCAGCGACACAGGAGAUCUCCGUGGCAACAUCGCGUCUCGUCACCGGGGUCUGGAUCAGUAUCAAUUUAGUUGAUGUUGAAUGAAUUUUUAAUGCAAAUAAAAACGUUUUUUAUAAGUAA